AUGCAGCGUGAGGAGGCGCUACACUACAAGGCUUUAGCCUUUGAAAAGGCCACAGCUAUCGAGUCUGAUGGGGCUGAGCGUGGAGAGGCACAUAAAGAGCUCGAAGAGAUUCAAACACAAUAUGCAAGAAAUGAGUACGACCUUUACAAAGCGGAGUCUAUGCUCAAACCACGAUUCAAAGACCUUUAUGACAGCCUAAGGCGUGAUAUUAAAUGGAUUGUUCGGAUCGAGGCGGAUGUUGUAGCCGCGAUUGUGGAUGCUGUGAACAGAGGUGUCUAUCUAGAAGGAAGAAAGGUAGAGGUCAUUGCACUAUAG